AUGCUCAUCAUUUUCUUCCUCUGAAAGCAAUUCUGCGAUCACCAGCCAUGGAAGAAACUCUGCAACCGAUCAAUUCUUCUUCGAACCCUAAUCCCAAGAAAGAAAUUUCUGACUCAUCCGUUGAAAAAUCCAUAGCAACCCUCCCAAAUGAAGUGAUAAUCGAGAUUCUAACUUGGCUCCCUGCCAAAACCCUUGCUCGAUUCCUCUGCGUCUCCAAAUCUUGGCGAGCUCUGAUAACAACCCCAAAAUUCAUCAAAGCCCACCUUAGGAAUUCUUCCGGAAGGGAUGAUUAUGCUCACCAUCGGGUUCUGUUUCGGUGUAUGACCUCAUCUGGUGGUGAAGCCAAGGGUUACAACCCCAACACUAGGUAUUUCUCUCUUGCCCCUGUCUUCUUUGGUGAUGGAAAAACCACUAUUCGGUCCACCCUGGUGGAGGAUCCUGUCAUGAAUAGUCGCGGAAGUGAGAUUAUAGGUUCUGCUAAUGGUCUGUUAUGCGUUGGCAUCAAAAGGAAAUUAUUUUUCUGGAACCCCACUAUUAGAAAGUUCAAGAAGCUGCCUGAAUUUUAUCCCCAUUCCAAACCAAGUAAGAAGCGCCAUGUUGUGUUUGAGUAUGACGAGGUUGAUGGUGAUUAUCGAGUGUAUUUUUUUGCGUCUUAUUAUGGUUCUGAGAAUGUUUUGAUUGAUGUCUACAGUAGAAACACAAACACUUGGAGGAGAAUCCAGAGGUUUUGUAUUGCUAACUGGCCUGCUGUUGGGUUUUUGGUUGCCCGUGGUAUCCUGUAUUGGGGCGAUCCUGUUACCUAUGAGGGAGUGACUGGUUUAGGUAUGGUUUGGGCUGAUUUGAAGAGUGAGACCAUUGGAAUUGUGGCACUUCCAGAUUAUGCUAAGGAUGUUUCUCGUUUGGACUUUGGAAUUCUCGAAGGUUGUCUGGCUUUCUGUUGUUAUCACCCCACCAGUCAUGUUGAUUUAUGGAUUAUGAAGGAAGAUGGGGUGAAGAAAUCUUGGUCCAAAGUGCUUUUGGUUUCUAAGUUUAAGGAUUCCGGCAGUAAGAAGUCUUGCCUGCCAAUUUUCAUGUCCAAGGAUGGGAAAAUUCUCUUUAGAUACUGGAAAUCCUUGGCUCUUUCCGAUCCAAAGGCUAAAUUGGUGAGCUACCCUCAUGUUAGUUUCAUGGGAGUACCUUGGCAAGUUGAAUUGCUUGUUGAGAGUUUGGUUUUAAUUAAUGAGAAUGAUGCAAAAGGGCAAAUUUCUGACUCUUCUUUUCAAAAAUCUCUGGAAACACUCCCAAGUGAACUCAUUGUCGAGAUUCUAACUUGGCUCCCAGCUAAAACCCUUGUUCAAUUCCGCUGCGUCUCCAAAUCCUGGCGAGAUGUGAUUUCAUCUCCAAAAUUCAUCAAAUCCCAGCUCAAGAAAUCGUCGAAAAGAGAUGAUUAUGCACGCCAUACGGUUCUCUAUCGAUGUGCCAAGACAUUCGGUGACACCAGGCUGUGCAGCUACGACACUUGGUGUUUUCCUCUUGCCUCUGUCUUCUUUGGUGAUGUCGACACUACUAUUGAGUCCUCCCUUGUGGAGGAUCCUUUUAUCAAUACCCGCAAGGCUGAGAUUGUGGCUGCUGCUAACGGAAUUGUUUGUCUUAUGGUGAAGAAGGAUUUUUAUUUCUGGAAUCCUACUAUUAGAAAAUUUAAGAAAUUGCCUCGAUUUCAUGAUUUACCGAAGGAAGCGGGGCAGAUUCAAGCUUUGUUUGGGUACUAUGAGGAUGAAGAUGAUCAUCAACUUUGUCUUCUGGCUUUUAGGGAGAAAUGGAUAGCUGUCUACAGUGGAAACACCAACACAUGGAGGCAGAUUCGUGGCUUUAUUGGUCGCUUGGGUGAAGGGUAUUUUCUUGUGCGUGGAAAAGUUUAUUGGGGGAAAGGUACUAGUGGAAAGGCGAAGAUUCGUUGGUUUGACUUGAAGACUGAAACUUACGGAGUACUGCAACAACCUAAUUAUGGUAAGGGCACUUUUGAUAUGGUUUUUGGAGUUUUCCUGGAUGGUCUUUCUGUGUUUUGUUACCAUCGCACAAGUCAUAUCGAUAUGUGGAUAAUGAAGGAAAAUAUGGGCAAGCAAUCUUGGACCAAAGUGCUUUUAGUUCCUAAGCUGAAGGAUCCCAACCGUGAGGUGUCUUGCCAACCAGUUUUCAUGUCCAAGGAUGGGAGAAUUCUCUUUGACUUCUGGAAAUUCAUGGCCCUUUCUGACCCCAAGACUAAAUCGGUUUCCUACCCUCGUAUUAAUCCCAUGGGAGAGCCUUGGCUAACUGAGGUGGUUGUUGAGAGUUUGUUUUUGGUUAAUGAUCACGAUGCAAAAGGGCCAAUGAAGGAUCCCGAUGAUGAUGGUGUCGUCAUGGUUCAGCGCCGUCUGGAGUAGGUAUAGGAACUGGCCAGAUCUGCUGCGAUUCCUCUUAUUCUGAUUGUUUUAGGCUGUAGGACAGGCAGUUGAAUGAAAGAUCAGCACAAGUGACGGAAAACCCUGUUUUGACGAAAGACUAUAGAACAACUACUUUUUGGGUGAUGGUUAUUACAUUAUUAGUAGUUAAAAAUGUGUAUUAUGCUAUGUUGGUGGGCAAGAACUUUUUUGCAUGGUUGCCUUGACUAUAGUGAAGCUAAUGUCCUGGUCUAGAUGAACCUUUAACGCAGUCUUUGAUGAGCAGAACUUGAUGGUUUGCCUAAACGAUGUACUAAUUGACAAUUCGGUAUCUAAUCAUUAUUAGGGAUUUAAGUAUGAUCGUGUUUGAUGUGUUUUAAGUUUUCUUUUUUUGGUUGCCAAUCCUGACAUUGAAGAAGCUAAUAUAGUAGUCGUUGACAACUGGUUAUCUAAUUGACAUUGAACCGAAGUUGCAUCAAUCCUGAUAUUCAAAAGAGCCCCCAAUAGAAUUAUGAAGAACUUUCUUGGGUUUCAUGUGUAAUAUUUUCAGAUAUUCUUAUUUUUUCGGACAGAGGAACACUAGUCUAAACUGUAUAAUCUCCUUGUUAAAUUAAGACAGCCUUUUUAUCUACAAAUGUUUAAUUCAGGGCAACAUGAUUACUUAUAGGGUGAAACAGAUUGUUUCCUGAUAUCCU